UUUAAAUCAAAGGAAACAGAUCAGUUCGACAGCUGGCCUACGCUGGUAUUCUGGCUAGGUGUAUCAUAUAUGAUGGAAUUGCUGAAGACUCUGGCGUUUUUCGUCGUAUUGCUGGUGGCUGCCGUUGGUGCCGGUGAUGAAAAAAAGCUACAAAUCGGCAUAAAAAAACGACCGAAAAGUUGCGAACAGAAGUCGAAGGCAGGCGAUAUGCUCUUCAUGCAUUAUACUGGCACCCUUGAGGAUGGCACGAAAUUUGACAGUUCAUAUGACCGCGGCAAGCCGUUAAGCUUUACCCUCGGUAGUGGUCAGGUGAUCCGUGGAUGGGACCAGGGGCUAUUAGGAAUGUGUGUCGGAGAAAAACGCAAACUGGUCAUUCCGCCAGAAAUGGGAUAUGGUGACGGGGGAGCACCGCCAACGAUUCCUGGUGAUGCCACCCUGAUCUUCGAAGUUGAGUUGGUCCAAAUACAGCGAAAAAACGAACUCUAAAAUUUCGACAAAGGUGGUUCAAAGCGCCUAUAAAAAUACCUAAGUUUAGCUAACUUACUAUUGCCAUACAAAUAUUCACUGUUGCGACUGUCAUCGGUGAAGUUAUGUGUAUAUAUACCCUGGAUUUAGCAUGAUUCAAGAGGACGACAUGUUAUAUGAAAAAACGAAUCCUCCUGUUUUUAUUAAGCUUCUUUCAGUGCCUCUUCAUUGUCAAUAAUUUAUUUGAAGGACCGUGGGUGCAUUCAAAAUAUGGUAUAUGAAAUUGGGCGAUACAAUCAAAUUUAAAUUCGCUGCUGACUCCGAUGCUAACUGCAUAAAUUAUAAUUUGCCCCGUAUUUUCAUUAUGCUUCAA